UUGCCUUGCCUUCACCAUGUACUCCACUCAUUCCUUUGAUUCCCAACAUAGCCACCGUUGUCUAUCCGUAACAAUUGUCUUCUCAUUACAGGCAGUCAAAUAAAGGGCGGCAAAAGCGAAAGCAAUUGGUGACAACGUAAUUAAGGGCAUCCUUAUGUCGGAGAAAGGAGAGGCCUCACUGCAGAAUGACGUCCCAUGGAGGGUCUCAGACAGAAAUGCCAUCCCAAAAAUCCACCUUUCUACUGUUCUCCGCGUCCCACAAAAUCCGCAGACCAAUUAUGCACUCUCACUCAUGAGGCAUCCGAAUCCCUUAGGAAGUGGGUUGGCGAGGGAGGCGACAAUGGAGGCAGCAGGCCCUGAGUGUAUCGUUCCUGGCCAGAUUACACCACUUCGUUUGCUGGGUGUCAAGGCAUGGCCCAUUGAAGCUAACCUGAAAUUUUUGUAACCAGCUGGAAGAGAACUUAAGCGACUAGGGAAGCUAAACUACAUAAUUUUACUCCUCCCAUAGACUGUAAUUUAAUUAUCAAUUUUUAAGGAGUAAAUUUGGUUGUGUUUCAGAUUUGUCAUAUGCCUUCAAUAUAAAAUUUUGCAACUA